AUGGGCCUCGACGAUUUUGAAAAGGAACUAGCAGCCAACAAGACCAACGAGUCUGAAAGCAGGCGACACAGCAGCAGAGACGACGACCGACGGCGUCACAGCCAUCACCAUCGCUCGUCGCGCCAUCAUGACUCGGACUCCAGACACAAGCGCCGUCAUCACCGCGACAGAGACGAUCAAGACGGCCGAAGAGACCGACACUCCAAGCGCAGGCGCAACGACGCCCUCGAUGCACAAAUGGAAGCUGCUGCCAGCACGAACCUCAAGCGCGACACUUGGAUGGAAGCUCCCUCGUCACUCAACGUCGACUACGUCCAGCGACAGCGUCCCAAAUCUCCACCCUCGCAGUUCGUCUCUGCCAAAGACCAACUUGACCGCAAAAUACAUCGCCAGGACUUGGAACAACUCGCAAGAGACCUAGAGGAAGACGAUGAAGAGGUACAAGAUGCUCCACUUGUAGACGAUGAACCCAUUCAUCACGACGUAACAUACACUUUUGGCGACCAAGGUUCUCAAUGGCGUAUGACCAAGCUGAAUGCUGUCUAUCGUCAAGCCAAAGAGUCAGGUCGGCCCGAAGACGAAGUUGCUGUCCAACGCUUUGGCUCUUUGAGGGACUUUGAUGACGCCCGUGAAGAAGAACGUGAGUUGGACCGCCGCCAAAUGUACGGACAGGACUAUGUUGGUCUCGAAAAGCCCAGUGGUGAGUUGUAUGCCGAGCGCAAACAAAAGGCUGGUCUGCACCGCCAAUCACCAGAGCCUGCUGCCAACCUUCCCGUGCCUAAACCUGCAAAUCAGAAUCAAGGCCAAGUUAUGGACGAAGCUCCCCCUCCGACCACAACCGUGGCCCUGGAUCAGACCGCUCUGAAUAAACUCAAAGCGCAAUUGAUGAAGGCCAAGUUGCGUAAAGCACCUAAUGUGGAUGCUCUGGAGGCCGAGUAUGAAGCUGCUGCUACUGCUUCUGCUGCCAACAACAAACAAUCAGAUGUAGUCGUCCUGAGCGCUGUCGAGAACCGUAUGCUUGCUGGUGGCCGCGGAGGUGAAGUAAAGCAUAUCGAGAACAAGCGUGGCCGCGAACGUGGUCACGUCGAGGAGAAUGAGGACAUGAGCAUUGAAGAUAUGGUCCGUCAAGAAAGACGCACCCGCGGUAUGGCUGGUGGUGAGGGCAAAGCCUUCGCGGAGCGUAUCGCGAAAGAUGCAAAGUUUACUGACGAUCUCGAUUACAUGGACGAGAAUGCCGGCAAGCUGGCCAAGCGAGUUGGCAAGUCUGAGAUCAAUCUACGCAAUACGGCCAUUGGGGACUUCCAGAAGAUGCAAAAGAUCCUCGACUCAUGCCCAUUGUGCCACCAUGAAGAUACGAAUACGCCUCCAGCAGCACCUAUACUCUCACUAGCAACGAGAGUUUACAUGACUUUGCAAACAGAGCCCGAGCUCGCGACUGGCGGCGCCGUUAUUGUGCCCAUCCAACAUCGUCUCAAUCUACUAGAGUGCGAUGACGACGAAUGGGAGGAGAUUCGAAACUUCAUGAAGAGCUUGACUCGCAUGUAUUACGAACGCGAAAAGGGCGUCAUUUUCUAUGAAAAUGCAGCUCACAUGCACAGCCGACGUGGCCACGCAGCGCUCUUCGCAGUGCCAGUACCUCUGCAUCUCGCUGACAACGCGCCUGCUUUCUUCAAGGAGGCUAUCCUCAGCGCCGAUGAAGAAUGGAGUCAGCACAAGAAACUCAUCGAUACUCUUGCGAAUUCGCAACGUGCAGGAUAUGGUAAACAAGCAUUCAGAAAAAGUCUAGUCAAGGAGAUGCCAUACUUCCACGUGUGGUUCAACUUGGAUGGAGGGCUAGGUCAUGUAAUCGAAGACGAGCGCAGGUGGCCCAAAGGCGAUCUUUUUGCAAGAGAGGUCAUCGGAGGUAUGCUGAGAAAAGGACCAGAGAUUAUCAAGAAGCAGGGAAGGUGGAUCAGACAAGAUCCUAGAGUCGAAAGCUUCCGGAAACGCUGGGAGAAGUUCGAUUGGACGAGCGUCCUAAUGGGUUAA